AUGGAUUUACCCAAAUCCGACGAGAUGGUGGAAGCGCUGGCGACCGGUUUUCAAAAUCUCUACAACAAGUACACCCGAUCGGAAAACGGGCCGCAGGACGGCGGCGGCAGGCGCGACGUGUACAUCGUGCCGGUCAACAACAACACGGCCGUCGCCGCCGCCGCCGACGACGCUCAGAGUCAGUUCCUGUUGCAGCAGCGGUACCGCCCGAAAGCUCGCAAGACGUUCGUGUUCGACGCCAGACACCUGUGUCAGGUCAAGACUGUGAAAUGGCACAUGAUGAGACAGAGCAGAUUGCGGGCGUCCACGGGACAGUGUUGUCCGGUCUGCAUACCCAACACGUCGUGGGGUAAUCCAAAAGUUAAGUCAAAUUUAAAGAACUUAUUGGACAUAUACAACAUUGGUAACAUUCAAAAGUCGAUGUUUGGUUGUUUCGUCGACGAUUUAAAGUUUUUCUACCAGCUCAAAAGCCAAGAGUACAAAUAUAUAUACGACGAAGUUCUGGAAGACGAAGUUGUGGAGAAAGCAAUUGCUGCAGCCGCACGUAAUGCGUGUGCUGAAGAUGCGGUGGUUGGGGAUAGCCGUCUUGACGAGGAGAUGAAAACACAGCAAGCAAACACGAGGCGCAUACUAACGGUCAUAAGUGCAAAUGUUAAAAACUGGGUCUACAAGGUAAUCGGUUGGUUCACAUACCGUAUGAUCUCGUUGUUGGCCACCAGCCUCGUGGUCCAGCCCAUGCAAAUCGACAGGGUCAGGGAAGCCGAACAGAGUGGCCUACCUGUUAUUUAUUUACCGUUGCAUAAAAGUCACAUGGAUUAUAUACUUUUGGGAUUGGUGUUGACAGUAAAUAACAUCAAACCGCCACUGGUAGCAGCAGGAGAGAACCUCAGAGUUUUCUUCAUUAGUAAACUGUUGAGUUUCUUGGGAGCAUUUUACAUCAAGAGACACAUAGACACAAAAAGAGAUCAACUCUACUGGUCAGUUUUGAGCAGUUAUAUUAAAAACAGUAUGAAAAAUGGACACCAUAUAGAAUUCUUUUUAGAAGGUGCCAGAACUCGAAGUGGAAAGUGUUGCGUUCCUAAAGCUGGAUUAUUGAGUAUCAUAGUGGAUGCUUACCGUGAAAAAGUUAUUGAAGAUGCGUGGAUUAUACCCGUGUCUAUGAAUUACGACCGAAUAUUGGAAGGGAAUUUUGUCAGAGAACAGCUUGGCCAACCAAAAAAGAAGGAGACUUUCUUCGCCGCAAUUUCGACAUUCAUUAAAGCUAUUUGUUCACAUUAUGGAAUAAUGAGGGUGGAUUUUAAUAAGCCAUAUAGAUUACGAGAUUUGUAUGAAUCGAUUGAUAAAUUGACAAAAUUAGAAAACGAAUCAUUAAAUAAGAAUGGUAUGGAAAUUAUGUCUACAACUAUUUGCUAUAAAACUACAGUUGACAGAAUGGCGAAACACAUAGUUUAUGAUUGCUGGAAAUCAACUCCUAUAAUGUCAACGCAUGCAGUGUGCUUUUUACUUUUGAAUAAGCAUAGAAAUGGUACUACUUUAGAACAGUUGGCCAAGGAUUUAACAAUGAUGCGUGAUAAACUUUCUCAAGCUGAUAGGGAUAUCGGUUUCAGUGGAAUGUCCAUAGAAGUUAUCAAACACGCACUUGAUCUCUUGGGGCCAAAAUUAGUUGUAUAUGAAAAUACUGAUUCUGGCUGUAUUGUUAAACCGAUUCUUGAUGUACCAGUCUUAAUAGAACUCUCAUAUUACGGAAAUAAUCUUAUUUCCCAUUAUAUGCAUCAAUCAUUAGUGGCUCUAACAAUAUGUAAACUAGUCAGUCAGGACUUCUUGAACAAUGCCAUAACAGAAACGAAAAUCUCAAGAAAGGACUUGAUUGGAGAUGUAACAUUUCUCACCAAUUUAUUGCAAUUUGAUUUUGUUUUUAUUAAACCUUGUGAUACUCUGGAUAAUAUUGUGGAUUCAGUGAUUAGACAUUUUGAGGAAGAAGAAAUUAUUUUGAUGGAUUUGAUGCUCGAGGAAGAGAGGCGUAGCCAAUAUAUGGCGAAAAUGUUAGAUAGUGAUUCUGAUGAUGAUUAUCAACGUCCAUACGUCGAAAUUGAUGUUAAAUACCGUGUUAGCACAAAUGAAAAAAGUUUAAAUCAAUUAAAGUUUUAUCGCUCAGUUAUGAUGCCAUACUUAGAAUGCAUGGCUGAAAGUGCUGGAAGUUUUCUUGCUUUGUCAGAAAAUUCAGUGACAGAACGUGAACACGUACAAACAAUUUUAAACCAAAUGCACGAAAAUUUGGAAGAGGGAAUCCUGUCUUAUGGUGAAAGUAUAUCUCUGGAUACCAUCAAACAUUCAUUUUUGGCGUUUGAAAAGUUUGACUGUCUACAAAUCACAACAAAAGACAAUAUCAAGACAUUGCAGAUUAUUAAUAAUCAACCCAGUGAGUUAAAUCCAAGUAUGCAGGCCAUGUCAGAUUAUAUUGAGGAAUUUGUUAAACAAAUAAAUUAA